UGAUGAUCCAGGUUAUUAACUGACUGUCUUCAGAUCAGAAAGACAUUCACAGCAGAUUGAACCACUCACUGCUCACCACAAAAACCAUUAUGGCGACAGAGGAGCCAAAGAAGAAAACAGCAAGGGUACAAACUAAGGUGUUCAAUGAUCCUGUACAUGGACAUGUGGAGUUACACCCUCUUCUCUGCAAAAUCAUAGACACGCCUCAGUUCCAGAGACUUCGAAACAUCAAGCAGCUGGGAGGAGCCUAUUAUGUUUAUCCUGGAGCAUCCCACAACCGAUUUGAGCACUCAAUUGGGGUGGCACAUUUAGCAGGACAGUUUGCUCGAACUUUGAAAGAGAGGCAACUAGAGCUUGGAAUAGACGACAAAGACAUCCUUUGUGUGGAGGUUGCUGGUCUCUGCCAUGACCUGGGACAUGGGCCAUUUUCCCAUUUGUUUGAUGGAAACUUCAUUCCCAAAGUACGUCCAGGUCAUAAGUGGAAGCAUGAGGAAGCUUCUAUUGCCAUGUUUGACCACCUGAUGAGAGAAAAUGGUCUGGAGAAUGAACUAGAUGAGGACGACAGGGUCUUCAUUAAGGAAAUGAUUUUUGGACCUCUGGAACCUGAAACAUCUGAGAGAAAGGAGUGGCCAUACAAAGGACGAACAAAGGACAAGUCCUUCCUCUAUGAAAUUGUGUCCAACAAAAGAAAUGGCAUCGAUGUGGAUAAGUUUGACUAUUUUGCCAGGGACUGCCUCCAUUUGGGCAUGAAGAAUUCCUUUGACCACUGCCGUUUCAUCAAGUUUGCCAGGGUGUGCAAGGUGGCAGAAGAUGGCCAACCUGACGGGGAAUGGCAAAUCUGCAUUAGAGACAAGGAGGUGUCCAAUAUCUAUGAAAUGUUCCACACAAGGAGCCGUCUCCACAGAAGAGCCUACCAGCACAAAACGAACAAGAUCAUCGAGCUGAUGAUCACAGAGGCCUUUGAGAAAGCAGACAAACACAUCCGUAGAAAAGGUUCAGAUAGAGAGCUCAUUCUCUCUGAGACCAUAGAUGACAUGGAAGCCUACACCAAGCUGACCGAUCACAUAUUUGAUGAAAUACUCAACUCUUCCUCUGCUGACCUGAAGGAGGCCAGGGAAAUUCUGCAGAAGGUCGUCACUCGCAAAUUCUACCCAUAUCUGGGCCAAAUAAAGCGUCAGCAAAACCAAAACAUCACAGAGAUGGAACUCAAAGAACAACUGGCUGAAGAGUUCGGUGUCACAAUGAAGCCGAAUGACUUUGAAAUCAUUGUCAGUAAAAUUGACUUUGGGAUGAAACACAAAAACCCCAUUGACUACUUGCGUUUCUACAAGAAGGAUGACUCCAACAAGGCAUUUAGGUUUUCAGAUGACCAGGUGUCAGACUUUGUUUUGCCAAGGGUCUUUAGUGAGCAGUGGAUCCGCUUUUACUGUAGGAAGAGCCUCACCAACGAUGACCUAAAAGCUGCCAGAGAGACUUUUGAAAACUGGCGCCAAACAGUCCUCCAUCCUGAGCCAAAUGCAGAUGGUCCCUGAAGAAAAAGCAGGAAGGAGGAAAAGGAAAAUGAAAGCAAACACUCACUGAUUCUUUAUACAUGAAAAUUAUUACAUUUUUCCACAAUGUAAGUAGCUAAACUUGGAUCAUGAAAACUUUUCACAGAAGAAUUUAUUAUAUCAUCAUGCCACAAAUUGCAUUGUUUUUAAAAAGCUUCUUUUAGGCUACGUUCAGACUGUGGUCGAAUCAGGCCCAAAUCCAAUUUUUUUGCCCAUGUGUGACCUGUUUCCGAUCUGUUAAAGACAGUUUGAACAGCACAAAUCUGAUUUUUUUCAAAUCCAACCCAGGCCACUUUCAUAUGUGGUCCUAAAUCUGUUACGUACCUGAUAUUGUGCAAUGCUACUUCAGCUGAACAGCCAGGUUGCAUUUAUUCGAUCUUUACGUCAUUGAAAUGGGACAAAUGUCACAAUUCUGCGUUCCAGGAGUGUUACUUCCAUAUACACAGUGUGUGCCUGUGUGGUCACAUAUUACAUCAGGACCUCUUUUGCGUAUGCGGGUCACUUCACGGUCACGUUCAGUUCAUACUCAAAACUGAUAGAGGUCACAUUUAAUAUAUAAUAUGAACGAGCACACAAAAAAAUCAGAUUUCACAAAAAAAUCCUAAUUGUGCAUUAAGACCUGCUGUCUGAAUGUAGUUUACUGUCUCUUUUUACAGCUGCUGACAUUAGUGAAAUCACUUGUACAUUUUUUUUUUUUGGUUUUUUUUUUUAAUUUAAUCAUUUGGUGUGGUGUGGUUAAAAAAUGGUCUAGUUUUUCUACUGUUAACUUUUUUCAGUUAUAGCGUGUGUCUUGAUCAAUGUGUUAAAUGUAACUGUUUACAUAUAUGGGUUCAUAAGGUUGGUGAUGGAUGAUCAUCUUUAACUCUUUAUUGUAGCUACUCACAUACACAGCUCAAGAUGCUUUAUAGUAACCACCAGUACUUAAUAGAUUUGGAGAUUUGGUUUUUGCUCAUAAUUUGAAAACUAUGUUUGAAAUGUAUGUGUUGUGUUUGUAAUUUAAAAUAUAUGAGGAAAUAUUGAUAUUGGUAACCUACAGACUUUUCCUGCUCUGUUUAGAAUCAAAACUAUUAUUUGCUUGUGUGUGAUCUAAUAAAAAUAAAUUGUCAACAACA